UCGAUGUGGUCUAUGACUAUACUGUCUCAAUUCCAAUAUAUGGCUAAAGCUCCUUGGUGUUUUACUUAGGAUGGAACCAUUUUUACAGCUUGGCCAUCAGUAAAUGACAAAGGGAGUACAUUACGACAAAAAGGAAAAUUUAGUAUCUUGGUGGAAAAGUGAGAAAAUAUACAAUUGCAGUACUAAAGACAUGGCAAUUCAAAGAAUUCCACCUUUAGCAGCAGCCGUGAAGUAUGGCUGCUUGUGUAGAGGACUUAAAAAUGAUCUCCAAUUGACUGAAACCUUUAAACCUAAAAGAGGAACAAUAUUUAGUUGCAGAAAAACUACUAUUCAGAGUCCAGGACACUUAGUUUGGGCAAUGAGUGAUGGAACCUGGACAACCCAUCUGCCUCUUGAUGGGAAGGUAAAGCAAAUCACCUUGGGAAUGCCAACAUUAUGCCCAAUUUGGAAAAAGUCUCCUUUUAAAGGAUCAUUAGAAAAUUUGAAAUUGGAACGGGCGAAAAAGUCAGAAAUAGAUGAUGAAUGGAAUGAACCCUCCACUGGAGUUAGAAUUAGUUGGGCCCUAAAAUCUUUACUAACCCCUUUGGCAAUAUAUAGGAAUCGAGACUGGCUGUACCAACUAACAGGACAGGUAGAGAAACUGGCCAAUGUGACCAGAAAAGGAUUUAGAGAUCUAAAUAUACAAUUACAGGCCACUUCCAAAAUGACUUUGCAAAAUAGAAUGGCUUUAGAUAUGCUUUUGCUUAAAGAACACGGAGUGUGUGGAUAUUUAAAAGACAGAUUGGACCAUUGUUGCAUACACAUUCUGAAUGUAACUCAAGAUGUAGAACAUGAUUUGGAAUUAUUGGGAAAAAUUGAGAAAGACACACAAGAGUUGCUACAAGAUAUGCAAGAGAGUUGGAUAGACAAGAUCUUUAAGGGAUUAGGCUGGAAUCUAAGUUCUUGGAUUAAAUCAUUGAUUAGUACAGUAUUAACUUUGUUGAUAAUCUUUUUAAUGAUCAUUUUGAUUUAUUAUUUUCUGAAAAAACAAAUUACUCGUAAAACUUCUUUUAAUCGCAUGAUCAUCCAAGCUGUUGCAAGACAACAGAAUGGACAAUCAAUCCCAGAGUUUCCUCCAGCUUAUAGUGAAUAAUUAGUAAAAUUAUAGUGAAAGUAUUGACAUGAUUUUCAAAACUUUCAAAGGGGGGAAAUGUUGCAAAUACUUUGAUAAAGAUUUGAUUAAAACAAAA